CAAACGCUAUAUGCCACAGCAGCCGGCUUUAUAAGCCACCCGGAGGAGAGAGGCAGGGCACUCAGAGCUGAGUCACCGACUAACCCACCUGCCUAUACCAGAGCACCCAGAACAUAGCACCAUGCCUACCGAAUACCCAGCCCUCACCGCCGACCAGAAAAAAGAGCUCCAUGACAUCGCACAGCGCAUUGUGGCUAAAGGGAAGGGGAUCCUGGCCGCUGACGAGUCCACAGGCAGCAUCGCCAAGCGUCUGAGCUCCAUUGGGGUGGAAAACACAGAGGAGAACCGCCGCUUCUACCGCCAGCUCUUGUUCACCGCGGACGAGAGAGUGAACCCCUGCAUUGGUGGCGUCAUCUUGUUCCACGAGACUCUGUACCACAAGUCAGACAACGGCUCACCCUUCACCAAGGUCAUCAAGGACAAAGGAGCGAUUGUUGGCAUCAAGGUCGACAAAGGUGUUGUCCCCCUGGCAGGAACCAAUGGCGAGACCACCACACAGGGUCUGGACGGUCUGUCUGAGCGUUGCGCCCAGUACAAGAAGGACGGUGCCGAUUUUGCCAAGUGGCGCUCCGUGCUGAAGAUCUCUGACCACACACCCUCCAGGCUUGCCAUCAUUGAAAAUGCCAAUGUCCUGGCCCGCUACGCCAGCAUUUGCCAGCAGAACGGCAUUGUCCCCAUUGUGGAGCCUGAGGUCCUCCCUGACGGUGAGCACGACCUGAAGAGGUGCCAGUAUGUCACUGAGAAGGUCCUGGCUGCAGUGUACAAGGCUCUCAGCGACCACCAUGUCUACUUGGAGGGAACUCUUCUGAAACCCAACAUGGUCACUCCCGGACAUGCCUGCACCAAGAAGUACUCUCCAGAGGAGGUGGCUAUGGCCACCGUCACUGCCCUGAGACGCACCGUGCCCCCUGCAGUAUCUGGUAUCACCUUCCUGUCUGGAGGACAGAGUGAGGAGGAGGCCACCGUUCACCUGAAUGCCAUUAACAAGUGCCCCCUGCACAAGCCCUGGCCUCUGACCUUCUCCUACGGCCGUGCCCUGCAGGCCUCUGCUCUCAAAGCCUGGAGUGGCAAGAAGGAAAACGUUAAGAAUGCUCAAGAGGAGUACACCAAGCGUGCACUGGCCAACAGCCUGGCUUGCCAGGGCAAAUACGUGUCCUCUGGACAGGCAGGAGCCGCAGCCGGAGAGUCCCUGUUUGUGUCCAACCACGCCUACUAGACGACGAGUCCGUCAUCCCUUUGGUGUUGUCACUGGCGGCUGCUUCUGUAUACGUAGUGUGAGGUCCCCUCUGCAGAGCGAUGACCCACGUCCUGCUACACCCACCUGCAGAGCGUUAACACGGUUAAUCUUCCCCUUUCCGGAGCUAGUGACCCGCAGGGCGUUGCCGUUCUGCUGACUCCUGUGGGGUCUGCAGAGGGUAUGGAUGGUGAGUGCAGUGGACCGGCUUAUGAGAGUGUGAGUGUGUGCUAACAUCUAUGUGCUGUUGUCCCCUGUUCUCAGCUCUGAGUCAUGUCUAUUUAUGUCACUUCUGAGGAAAUCUCAAUAAAGCCGAUCGAUGAAUCACA